ACGAGAAGAGGCGUUAAGAGUGGAGAAAUGUCCGGUUUCCAAAACGCCAAAUUCGAAGCUUAAACCUCUAAUUGAGACCAAGUUCUAAGUAAUUAAAACAGUGUAUCUCUUAGGAAUUUGCCAUGGUCUCUGAGGGGGAUCCAACAGAGCUGGUGAAGGUGCUUCAUCUGUUGGUGAUCGCAUUCUCUUGGGGGAUGCAGGUGUGGGUGUCCUUCAUCGCAGGCUUUGUGCUGGUGUCCCAAGUAACUUUGCACACGUUUGGCCUGGUGCAGAGUAAGCUCUUUCCUGUGUAUUUUUACUGUCUGCUGGGGAGUAACACAGUCAGUCUGGCUAUAUAUGCAGUGUACCAUCCCAGGGAGCUGCUGGACUGGCAUGAGACAGUGCAGAUGGCCCUGUACUUCACAGCCGUUAUCAUGGCGGGCUUAAACGCACAGUGGUUUGGGCCGGCCGUCACCGAGAACAUGCUGGUGAUGAGGCAGAUCGAGAAGGAGCAUGGCCUGGGUGAGGAGGUCGGCUUUGCCACAAACAGGGAGCGCUACACCAGCCUCCGUGAGCAGGACCCCAAAUACAAGACCCACAGGAGCAGCUUCUACCGUUACCAUGGCCUGUCAAAUCUGAGCAACCUCGUUGGUUUCUCCUGCACCACCAUCAACCUUAUCUACCUGGCCCUCCAUCUGGCCUCCAUAUGAGAACAGGAAAACACAAAUGACUCCUGAAUGUUCUGGGACAGCCGUGUGAAACUCAGGUUCUGGGGACCACAGCCCCAAACGUUUAGUGUUUAUCUUGCUCUAAUACUCCUGAUUCUUAAUCUAAAUUGGGUUGAAUUUGAGGUGGUAAUGUAAGAAAAUAUAAAACCCAGAGCUCUGCUCUCCAGGACUGGUGUUUCACACCAUUGUAGGAAAUGUUUUAUUUUUUUCUGUUCUCAUUUUCUUGCAUUCAGUAAUGUGUCCUUUGGAAAAUGGAAAUUACCAUUAUGGCUGUACACUGUGUUGGGGCUGCAGAGUUGCAUCAGUGCAAUCAAAGAUGAAAGGUGAAACACAAUCAGAAAUGAUCCAGCAGCCUAAAUAGUAGCUAAACUAAUAAGUGUACGCAUCAUAAUGCUUAGAUUGAUCAACAUUAUUAUUUUGGCCCAAUUCUGUUCUUGUACAUGUUUUUGAAUGGUAGAUCUCUUCAGAUAACAUGGUUAAGAUGAAGCAAAGAUUCAGAAGUUCAUGUUCAUGUUAUAUUGGCUCUCUGAAACAGUGACUUAAGUGCCUGUAAUUCCCAGGAAGCCUUACUGCAGAUUAUUUAGCAUUAACGUGAAAAUUUAUGGUUAAUGUGGUGUUCAUUAAUCAUUGCAGUAAUGGCCUUUGCAGUACUGAUAUUUUGGCAGAAGUGAUGCAAAUGACAUUUCUAACAUUGUUUGCAGGGGGGCUAUGAACAUUCUGAUCAUUCUCAGCAUUACAGAUUCAGUUUUUUGAGGGUUGGUUGAAGCAUGGAGUUUACAUGAUGGAAGAAAUAUAAAUAAUUUUAUGAAAAUAAUGCAGGCCUCUCUCUGCAGGUUAACCACUGUUCUUUUAAUAUAUUGCAGCCUCUAUUGCAGAUGCAAUAUCUAGCAGUGUAAUUGCAACAUGGUAUUUUUCUAUACAUCAAGCCCUAAUUACUUCAAUAAAGCCUAGUUUAAUAUGCAUGCUGCAAAUGUAAAAUUUUAGUUUGUCUAAGACUAGUCACAAAAUCAAGGAACAGCUAUGAAAUUGGUCAGUAGUCACAAGUUAAUUGUUUUGAGAAAACAGCAUGUUAACUAUUUUAUAACAAACACUUUGUAACUGUUAUUUUUAAACUAACUUUUCUUAUAAUGGAAAAACGUCAUUCAUAGAAAAAUUAUAUAUAUUGUAAGUACAUCCUUACAAUAGAUUUUUUUUUAUGAAUACAAAAUAUUAAAUGGCUGGUGAUGUUAAAUUGUGCCUUGUGGUGUUUCAAGACAUCAGAGCAGUGUUUUUUGUUUUUUUAAAUGCAGUUGUUAGCUUAUGCAUAUGUAUAUAUUUUACUAUGUUAAGGUGGCCAUGGCUUUAGAGUAGUAUAAUACUGGCUGUGGGGUGUAAAAAAGCUAAAUUAUUUUUAUCAUCACAGUUACGUGAUGUGCUGUGUACCCUGGUAGGUGAUGCAUGUAAAAUAAAUAAAUAAUUAAAA